AUGUCAAGCCCGUCGAACGCGAUCGGCUCUUUGCGGCGCUGCUCGACGAUCCCGAUGUCGGAUUCCGGUCGCGCAUCGUCAGCGCCGAAGAGAUCUCCAACGCCAACUACAGCCACACCGAGAACCGCAACCUCAACAAGGUGUCCUCCGACGCCGCCAUGGGUCUCAUCCGGGACGUCUUGGCCACCGGCAUCGAUCUCGCCGAGCUCUACGUCGACGCGUUGGACAACUCGCCUCUUUCCCGGCAUCCGCACCAUCGUCGUGGAGAGCAAGGCCGACGUCAACUAUCCGAUCGUGAGCGUGGCCAGCAUCGUGGCCAAGACGCUGCGGCAUCACCGAGAAUCUGCCGUUCAAAGAGCUCGGAAUCGUCAUCGAUCGCAACUUCGGCAACGGAUACCCGUCCACACCGGCCGUGAAAGACUGGUUGAUGCGCAAUCUGGAUCCCGUGUUCGGAUUGCCGUCGGCGGUGCGAUUCAACUGGGGCCCGGUCGAGAAGCCCAAGACGAAAUCCAUAUUUGA